AUGCAUUUGAAGAUAGAAACACUGACUCUCAAUGACUCAGCUCAUCAGCUGGCUGACAAAAGUAUCAAUCCUCGAGCUCAGCAGAUAUGUGACGACGUGGUACUGCUGUGGAAGGAGGAGCCGGCUACUGAGGAUCUAGAUAUUAUCGAGCUACACAAGAGGAUACUUCUGCGACAUCCUGAGUGGCAUAUAUCGCACCAUACGCUUCAGCAGGUACUUACCAGACACAAUCUUUAUGCCACUGAUGAAGCAGAGUUAGAAGUUUACAGCUCUCUGGUGGAGUUUCCAGAUGUCUCUGGAGCUAUACAGACGCUGGGUCUGCCGAAGAAUGUGGAACUGAUUGAAACUGGAGACGAGAAAGGUCGAGGUUUAUUUGCGAAGAAAGAAAUUCGCCAAGGUGAGCUAAUCCUAGGAGAGUCAGGUCCGCUGGCAGCAAUUCCACCCAUUGAUAAAUUGUCAUUGAUACAGGCGGGCAAAGUUUGCUCACUUUGCGGGAACUCUCUGGGCCAUAGCGAUCAUUUUGUGAUGAUGAAUGGGCUCGAUUGUAAUGGAUGCGGUGCUGUAUGGUGUAAUCGAAAUUGCAAGAAGACAGACGUAACUCAUGCCUCAUUGAAGCAUGUCAAGGGUAAAGGAUCGCUCACUAACGCUUCCGGAUGGGCAAAAUUCGAAAAAUCUUGCAUGGAGAACGUAUUUGUUGCUGCGUAUUCAGUGGGUGUUAUCUAUGCUACAAGUGCUGUCAGUAAAGCCGAUGAAAACCACGUCUUGCAACACUUCCGCUCGCUAGCACAAGUCUCACAAAGAGCUAGGAAGCAGGUCAGUGAUUCGACCAAUGUUGGCGGUACAUUUGACGCUUCAAGUGGGGCUGUCACUUCAGAAGACCCAGAACCUAUGUGGCAGCAGGCGUAUGAAUAUUUUAAGGAAGCAUUCCCAAAGAGCGAAGACAUUGAUUUUGAGAGUUUUCUGACUUACGUGGGUAAAUUCAACCUCAAUCAGAUCUCUGGUCAAAUCUAUCCAAUCUAUUCUUUCAUCAAUCAUGAUUGUGAACCAAACGUACGUUACGAAAUCGACGAUAAGCUACGACUCAAAGUUUUUGCGAGAAAACCAAUCAAAGCGGGUGAAGAGCUGUUGACGACCUACGUCAAUCCAUUACAUGGCGUUAAACUUCGGAGAAGAGAGUUAAGAGUUAAUUGGGGAUUUUUGUGUCAAUGCGAAAGAUGCACUAAAGAGCUCACAAAAAGAACAGUCAGAGAGAAGUCGAGCCAUCUUGCUGUCCCACUUCAUAGCAGUAACGAUAGUUCGCGGCGUAAAUCUUCAAUGAGAAACGCUAGACCUGAUUUGAAGGAAUUGCUGAAAAAUGGAAAAGAAUUUGACCUUGAAAUCCCAGAACAAAUUGGCUUUCCCCAGAGGCGCAGGACAUCGGUAAGAUUUGAUAACAAUGUAACAGUAGCAGUAGAGGAAUAA